AUGUUCCUGCAGAAAGAAGUGAAGUCACUCGGAGUUGUAUACAUUGUGCUGCUGCUUGUAGGGGGCUGGCUUCUGUACCAGCUCCUCAAGGCGCUAUACAAUGUCUCUCCUCUGCAUCCGUUGAGUCACUUUCCUGGGCCGAAACUUGCAGCAGCGACCUACCUGCCAGAGUUCUACUACGAUGUGGUCAAAUUCGGCUGCUAUACCAAGGAGAUUGGGGCGAUGCACGAAAAGUAUGGUCCACUCGUUCGAAUCAACCCCAACGAGAUCCAUUGCAACGACAUAACCUUUGCCGAUGAGAUAUACGCUGUCGGUGGUCGCAAGCGUGAUAAGCCGAUCCAUCAGGUCAACGGCACAGCGCUCGGUCAAGCAGGAUUUGGCACGGUUGAUCACGAUGUUCAUCGCAUGCGACGCAGUCCGGUGGCUAAAUUUUUCUCACGCGCCAUGAUCGCGCGUCUAGAGCCCGACAUCCAAACUUUAGUCCAGAAGCUUUGCGAUAAGCUAUUGGCCCAGGCGAAACCAUUCGAUGUCACUAUGGCAUACAGCUGCUUCACCUCGGAUGCCAUCUCUGGAUACGCUUUCGGCGAGAGUUUUGGGUUUCUUGAACAAGAAGGGUGGUAUCCGAAUUUUCGUGAGCCUACCGCAGCUGUACUCCAGCCGGUGUUCAUCUUUCGCUUCUUCCCGUGGACUAAAGCCAGUGCUUCUCUCGGAAAGCUGUUUGUGGACUACUUGCCUAAAGACAUUGCUCUGAUGAUUCGUACUCUACAGAUUGACCUCCCUGGUAGAGUUCGAAAAGUGAAGUCGAACAUUGAUGCAGAUGUUCAACCUGAUCGACCCAACAUCUUCGACUCGCUCUUGCGAUCUGAUUUGAACGCUUUGGAUAAAGAGCCCCAGCGCUUGACCGACGAAGCCGGCGCAGUGGUCGCUGCAGGCACGGAGACAACAAGCUGGGCUUUGGCUGUCAUGACAUAUCAUUUGCUUAAACAACCACAGCUGUUGGCAAAGUUGACGCAUGAGCUAAAAAGCGUUGUAGAUGAUGCCACCAAGUUACCCGACUGGACGGUCCUCGAGCAUUUGCCAUACCUCAGCGCAGUUAUCCAAGAAGGCCUGCGAUUGUCGUACGGUGUCUCCGCCCGGACUGCUCGGAUCGCAACCGAGGAAACCCUGAUUUAUCGUGGGGAAUGGAGUAAGAAACCGAUCGAGCUAGUUGUUCCCAAGGGCUAUGCUGUGGGAAUGUCAGCAGCCGUCACACACCACAAUGAAGGCACUUUUCCCGAUUCAAAUGAAUUCGUACCUGAGCGAUGGCUGGACGAGCAAAACCAGCGUAGAAAAGACAUGGAUCGCAGCAUGCUCGCCUUCUCUAAGGGAAGCCGCUCCUGCCUCGGCAUGAACCUGGCCUUGUGUGAACUGAAUCUCUGCCUCACAGCCUUGGUUCUGCGAGUACUGCCCCACAUGUCGUUACAUGGCACGACGGACGAAGAUGUGGUUUACCACCAUGACAUGUUCAUUCCGAUGACCAAGGACAACCGAGGAAUUCACGUACAAGUCCAGCAGUAG